CAUCAUCAUCAUCAUCAUCAUCAUCGUUUUUGCCUUGUUUAUAUAAUUAUCUUCUCUACACUUUGGAUAAAGAUUUACUCAAUCUCAACUUUUCCAGAUUACAACCCUAAAAAAAAUCGCGAUUUUUCUACAGUUCUACAGAAAUGGAGAAAGCAAUCAACAGGCAGAAAAUUCUUCUCGAUCAUCUUCGUCCUCCUUCCUCUUCCGAUCACAAUUAUGAGGCCUUUCUCUCUGCAUCUAAUUGCGCGGCUGGGGAUUCUUCUGCUUAUCACAGGACCACCGCUUUUGGUGAUGAUGUUGUCAUAGUAGCAGCACACCGCACUGCACUUUGCAAGGCAAAACGAGGCUCUUUCAAGGACACAUAUCCCGAUGAUCUUCUUGCACCAGUUUUGAAGGCACUGAUAGAGAAAACAAACGUGAACCCUGCCGAAGUUGGUGACAUUGUUGUGGGAACUGUUUUGGCUCCAGGUUCUCAGAGAGCCAGUGAGUGUAGGAUGGCAGCAUUUUAUGCUGGUUUCCCAGAAAUUGUUCCUGUAAGAACUGUGAAUAGGCAAUGUUCUUCAGGACUUCAGGCAGUUGCUGAUGUAGCUGCAGCCAUCAAGGCUGGAUUUUAUGAUAUUGGAAUUGGUGCUGGAUUGGAGUCGAUGACAACAAACCCUAUGGCAUGGGAAGGAUCAGUGAAUCCAAGAGUAAAAGAACUCGCUCAAGCUCAAGAUUGUCUUCUUCCUAUGGGUAUCACUUCAGAGAAUGUUGCCCAUCGCUUCGGUGUGACAAGGGAAGAACAGGACCAAGCAGCGGUGGAAUCUCACAGGAAGGCUGCUGCUGCCACUGCUGCUGGUAAAUUUAAAGAUGAAAUAAUACCUGUACACACAAAGAUUGUUGAUCCCAAAACUGGAGAUGAGAGGCCUGUUACUAUCACUGUGGAUGAUGGCAUCCGGCCGAACGCAAGUCUCGCAGAUCUGGCCAAGUUGAAGCCUGUUUUCAAGAAGAGUGGGACAACUACUGCUGGAAAUUCUAGUCAGGUGACGGAUGGUGCUGGAGCUGUUUUGCUGAUGAAGAGAAGUGUCGCCAUGAGUAAAGGGCUGCCUAUUCUGGGUGUGUUUAGGACUUUUGCUGCUGUUGGAGUUGACCCUGCUAUCAUGGGUAUUGGCCCAGCUGUCGCAAUUCCAGCUGCUGUCAAGGCUGCUGGCUUAGAACUUGAUGACAUUGAUCUUUUUGAAAUAAAUGAGGCAUUCGCCUCUCAGUUUCUGUACUGCCGUAAGAAGUUAGAUCUUGAUCCAGAAAAGAUCAAUGUAAAUGGAGGGGCUAUGGCCAUAGGGCAUCCUUUGGGAGCAACAGGUGCCCGUUGUGUUGCUACCUUGUUGCAUGAGAUGAAACGCCGUGGUAAAGACUGUCGUUUUGGAGUUAUAUCCAUGUGUAUAGGCACUGGCAUGGGAGCUGCAGCUGUUUUUGAGAGGGGGGAUGCGGCAGAUGACCUAUGCAACGCCCGUAAGGUUGAGUCCCAUGGUUUCCUCUCCAAAGAUGCUAAGUGAUACUUUGGAACACCAAGCAACUGGUGAAAAGGUCUCAAGAAGGAUAAAAAUCAUCGUUGAUCAUUCAAGAAGUGUACAACUACAUUUAUAUCCCUAAGACUGCUCUGUUACCAGCUGGUUUACCAUAGAAUAGAGGAUUUUAUAUAUCUGUGUCGUUUCGCUGUUCUGAUACUCUAUAUAUGGCCGUUAAUUUAGUAUUUGUCAUUUAUAUAUUAUUCAUAUAUUUUCGAAAUAAAAGUUGCAAUAAAUACGCUAUUUGUAUC